AACGUGAAGUUUCCGCGGUGCCUGAUGGGGCUGUUCCGAGGCCCGAAGCUGUUGCCACAGGGAGACCACUCGUUACUGCUGCCGCCUUCUCUGCCGCCUCAUGGCGGCCAUCGGAGUUCACCUUGGCUGUACAUCAGCCUGCGUGGCCGUCUAUAAGGAUGGCCGGGCUGAUGUGGUUGCAAAUGAUGCAGGUGACAGAGUUACUCCAGCUGUUGUUGCUUACACAGAAAAUGAAGAGGUUGUUGGAUUGGCAGCAAAACAGAGUAGAAUAAGAAAUAUUUCAAAUACAGUAAUGAAAGUAAAGCAGAUCCUUGGCAGAAGCUCUGAUGAUCCACAGGCUCAGAAAUACAUCAAGGAAAGUAAAUGUUUAGUCAUUGAAAAAAAUGGAAAGUUACGAUACGAAGUAGAUACCGGAGAAGGAACAAAGUUUGUUAACCCAGAAGAUGUUGCCAGACUGAUAUUUAGUAAGAUGAAAGAAACAGCACAUUCUGUACUGGGCUCAGAUGCAAAUGAUGUAGUUAUUACUGUUCCAUUUGAUUUUGGAGAAAAGCAAAAAAAUGCUCUUGGGGAAGCAGCUAGAGCUGCUGGGUUUAAUGUUUUGCGGUUAAUCCAUGAACCAUCUGCAGCUCUUCUGGCUUAUGGAAUUGGACAAGACUGCCCCACCGGAAAAAGCAAUAUUUUGGUGUUUAAACUUGGAGGAACAUCCUUAUCUGUCAGUGUCAUGGAAGUGAACAGUGGAAUAUACCGUGUUCUUUCAACGAACACUGAUGAUAACAUCGGAGGUACACAUUUCACAGAAACCUUAGCACAGUACCUAGCUUCGGAGUUUCAGAGAUCCUUCAAACAUGACGUGAGAGGGAAUGCCCGAGCCAUGAUGAAGUUGAUGAACAGUGCUGACAUUGCAAAGCAUUCUUUGUCAACCUUGGGAAGUGCCAAUUGUUUCCUUGACUCACUGUAUGAAGGUCAAGAUUUUGACUGCAACGUGUCCAGAGCAAGAUUUGAACUUCUCUGUUCUCCACUUUUUAAUAAAUGUAUAGAAGCAAUCAGAGGACUCUUAGAACAAACUGGAUUUACAGCAGAUGAUAUCAACAAGGUUGUCCUUUGUGGAGGGUCUUCUCGAAUCCCAAGGCUACAACAACUGAUUAAAGAUCUCUUCCCAACUGUUGAGCUUCUGAAUUCUAUCCCUCCUGAUGAGGUCAUCCCUAUUGGUGCAGCUAUAGAAGCAGGGAUUCUUAUUGGGAAAGAAAACCUUUUAGUGGAAGACUCCCUUAAGAUAGAGUGUUCAGCCAAAGAUAUUUUAGUUAAGGGAGUCGAUGAAUCAGGAGCCAACAGGUUCACAGUAUUAUUCCCAUCAGGGACUCCUUUGCCAGCACGAAGGCAACACACAUUACAAGCCCCUGGAAGUAUAUCUUCAGUUUGCCUUGAACUCUAUGAGUCUGAGGGGAAAAACUCUGCAAAAGAGGAAGACAAGUUCGCACAGGUUGUACUCCAGGAUCUAGAUAAAAAAGAAAACGGCUUACGCGAUAUAUUAGCUGUUCUUACAAUGAAAAGAGAUGGAUCGUUACAUGUGACAUGCACAGAUCAAGAGACUGGAAAAUGUGAAGCAAUCUCUAUUGAAGUGACAUUUUAGUGCUCUAGAGAAACCAGGAGUUUUUUUUAGAACUAGACUGUCAAUAUUAUUUGGUUUUGUUUACAAGUGAUGUUUAUAUUAAAAUACUUUUUGAAUGAAUUGUAUAUGUUUCUAUUAAAAUACAAUAUAUUA